UCAUUCCCACCUCCCCCUCUCUCCUCCGCCAACACCACCCCUCUCCGGGCGAACGUCAGAUCCUCAACAUCUCCUGUGACGGGCAGUGGUCACGGAAACACUGAGCGAGACAAGGGGAGAGCGGCCGUGGAGGAGGAAACGUGCACUAAGCCAUUUUCUUGGAGGAGCCAGCGUUGUUGAUGGGAAGAGGAUGCAUUGCGGGCUGCUGGAGGAGCCUGAUAUGGAUUCCACAGAGAGUUGGAUUGAAAGAUGCCUCAACGAGAGCGAAAGCAAGCGAUACUCCAGUCACACGUCUCUGGGGAACAUGUCCAACGAUGAACAUGAAGAGAAGGAAAAUAACCGAGCCUCGAAACCACAUUCGACACCAGCUACUCUGGAAUGGCUAGAGGAGAACUAUGAGAUAGCUGAAGGUGUGUGUAUUCCCCGAAGUGCCCUCUACAUGCACUACUUAGACUUCAGCGAGAAGCAGGACACACAGCCUGUGAAUGCGGCCAGCUUUGGAAAGAUCAUAAGGCAACAGUUUCCAGCCUUAACUACCAGAAGACUGGGAACAAGAGGACAGUCCAAGUACCACUACUAUGGCAUCGCAGUGAAGGAGACCUCUCAGUACUAUGACGUGAUGUACUCUAAGAAGGGAGCGGCGUGGGUGAACGAGACAGGGAAGAAAGAAGUCACCAAGCAGACAGUGGCGUAUUCACCGCGCUCCAAACUGGGAACCCUCCUGCCAGAGUUUCCAAAUGUCAAAGACCUAAAUUUGCCCGCCAGUCUGCCAGAAGAGAGGGUGUCAACCUUCAUCAUGAUGUACAGAACGCACUGUCAGAGGAUACUGGACACGGUUAUUCGAGCCAACUUUGACGAGGUCCAGAGCUUCCUGCUGCACUUCUGGCAGGGCAUGCCGCCCCACAUGCUCCCUGUCCUCGGCUCCACCACGGUGGUGAACAUAGUGGGUGUUUGUGACUCCAUCCUCUACAAGGCCAUCUCUGGGGUGCUGAUGCCCACUGUCCUGCAAGCACUGCCUGAUAGUUUGACUCAGGUUAUUCGAAAAUUUGCCAAACAGCUCGACGAGUGGCUCAAAAUAGCACUUCACGACCUUCCUGAAAAUCUGAGGAAUAUCAAAUUUGAACUAUCAAGGAGAUUUUCACAGAUUCUGAAGCGACAAACAUCGUUAAACCAUCUUUGUCAGGCGUCGCGGACUGUAAUAAACAGCGCUGACAUCACCUUUCAAAUGCUGGAGGACUGGAGGAAUGUGGACCUGAACAGCAUCACCAAGCAGACACUUUACACCAUGGAGGACUCACAAGAGGAGCACAGGCAGCUUAUUAUCCAUUUGUAUCAGGAGUUUGAUCGUCUCCUGGAGGAGCAGUCGCCCAUCGAAGCCUAUAUCGAGUGGCUGGACUCCAUGGUGGACCGCUGUGUUGUCAAGGUGGCAGGGAAGAGGCCCGGCUGCCUGAAGAAGGUGGCCCAACAGUUCCUGCUGAUGUGGUCGUGUUUCGGUACCAGAGUCAUCCGGGACAUGACCCUCCACAGCGCGCCCAGUUUUGGCUCCUUCCACCUGAUCCACCUCAUGUUCGAUGAUUAUGUGCUUUACCUGCUGGAGUCUCUGCACUGUCAGGAGAGAGCCAACGACCUCAUGAUGGCCAUGAAGGGCGAGGGCAGCACAGCAGAGAGAGAGGAGGAUUUCACGCAGACAGAAACCACUCCCACCUCUCCGUCCCCAGGAUCCUAUUCUCCUGCCCGCUCAGUCCACUCGGUGGGUAUCUCCUCGACCAGCUCCCCCACAGCGGCCUUGUCCCCAGAGUACAGUGGAGUCACCACCACCACCACAGGCGCUGUUCAGUCAUAUACCUGGUCCCUUACAUACACAGUGACAACAGCAGGCGGUGCCACUCCAGAGGCCGGACAACAGCUGUCCUGUAUGAGGAACAGCGCCCCAGUCCCUCCACCGUCCUCCGCACACCGGAUGCCAGUCUACGCCCAUAGAGAGGAGCAUGGGUACACUGGUAGUUACAACUAUGGCAGCUAUGCCAACCAGCAUCCUCACUCCCUCCAGAGUCAGUACCCGAGUCUGACCCAGGAGUCCCCAAUCCCAGGCCCCCUCCACUACUCCGCCUACCACCGCUCCUCUGCACAGUACCAGCUCAAUGGCCAGAUGUCUCGGAUGGAGCCUUGCUUGAUGAGCGGCACUCCUCGGCUGCACUCUUCACCUGUGGCCACUCGGUGGCCAGAUGUAUCGCCAGUUAACAGCUGUUACACUAGUCCACCUAUGCAUUCAUCCCGCUAUGCCACCUCUGGGGACAUGUACUCCCCGCUGGGCCCACGCAGAAACUCAGAGUAUGAACACUCACAGCAUUUCCCUGGCUUUGCCUAUAUCAACGGAGAGGCCACCACAGGAUGGGCUAAAUAGAACAAACUCUGGGACUGCCAACCUGAUGAAUGCAAAGCCUCUGAACUCCUCCAAUCAAGUUCAUGAAGAUGGAGCAGAGAGUGGAGAGUAUCAAUGCAAGGUGAAAGGAAUCAUGGUAUGGACAUACAGACAAUUUGAAAAGACUGGUUAUGUAAAUCACGCCGAUGAUUGCAGUAUAAUAUUUUAAAGGAUCUCUUUAACGGUUUGAUGGAAGAAAAAUAUGAAAUCAUUCAGAAAACUUGCAGCAAAAUCAUUUAAAGAGUGCAAUGCUGCUGCUGCCAAGCUGUGCCUUUGUUCUUAGGAAUGUACACCUCUGCCAGAGUUUCCCCUCAUCAGUCUCACAAGUCACUGCACACAUCAUCCCACCCACUGUGGGUCAGCGACGUCAGGGACUGAUGGAUCAGAGCGCUGUAGGCUGUUACUGACGCCAGUACAAUCUCGGUGACACCACUGUCUCUCGUUUCUCAGCACUGUGCAGCGUCUCGUCACGAACUCACUGCAGCAGAUAAAGCAGAGUCUGCUGCAGGAUGAAGAUGAGCUUGCACUGCCUUACCGUCCGUUAUCCUGGGACAACAGUUACAAACAGGUGACAGAAGUUAUAAAAUCACAGAAGACCUUGAUCGUUGUCUUUAUGUUGGAUAUUGUUUGAACGCUGUGACUCAAAAAACAACUGUGAGUGUAUUUUGUUGCAAGAUUUUCAGCUGUUUUCCUGUGACACUAUUAUAUAUACACUACACUAUAACUUUGUGACAUGGUUUAUCCUUUAUUGUUCUCUGUUUUGUUUUGUAUGGUUAGUAAUGGACGCAUUAACCUAGGGUUGUGUGUUUUAUAAUGCACUCAAAGCUACUGAGGACCUAUUACCCUGUGGGUAUUUAUAUAAGAAAAUGGGGAAAUAUCAAAGUGUACAGUAACAUGAAGUCUAGUCACUUUUUCUGUAAAUAAAAGCACUGAAAAGCAUUUGUGGUCACGUUGAAACUGAUGUGUAUGUGGGGAAAAAGUUGCCACACAAAUACAGUAAUUUCACAAUCUA